AUGGAAGACGAAAACGGCAAAGCUGUUGCGGAGCAACAUGAACAAGUUCUCGAAGGUGUUUUCGCCGUGGUGAAGCCUGCGAAUGUCUCCUCAGCAGACGUGCUUCUUAAACUCCAGUCAACAUUCGCUUCCUCAGAUACAUUCGCGCCACUGCGCAGACACCAGCCGAAACGUACCAGCAAAUCCUCCGACCAAGUAUUCCGCCUAGGACAUGGCGGCACGCUCGAUCCCCUAGCCUCCGGCGUGCUCAUCGUUGGCAUCGGGCGUGGCACAAGAUCGCUCUCACAGUACCUAGCAUGUGACAAAAGCUACGACACCACCAUUCUAUUCGGUAUGAGUACCGACAGCUACGACUGUACUGGGACUAUGAAGACAAGAGCAGACGCCUCGCACGUGACCCGUCAGCUUGUCGAGGAACAACUGCCCAACUUUCUCGGGACGAUUCAGCAAGUUCCACCCGUGUACUCUGCGCUAAAGAUCAACGGCAUGAAAGCUUGUGAGUAUGUACGACAGGGCAAGGAAUUACCUCAGGCGUUGGAAAGUAGGGAGAUGGAAGUGAAGAGGUGUGACCUACUCGAAUGGUAUGAUGCGGGACAGCAUGACUUCGCGUUCCCCGGCGAAGAGGAACCCGCUCCAGCACCCGCGGUGCGGAUCAGAUUGAAGGCGUCGCUUGCCAUACCGUUUCGCACAUGGCUGCGCUGA